AUGUCGACGAUGUCUGAUCUUUUCCCGGAUUUGGUAGAAGAGAUACUCUCUAGGGUUCCAAUAACAUCUUUGAAAGCAGUGAAAUUAACUUGUAAACAAUGGAAUGAUUUAUCCAAAGAUUCGAGCUUUACAAAAAACCAUUAUGGUAAAGAAGCCAAGGAGAUUCAGGUGAUCAUGAUAUGUGAUUUAAAGGCUUGUUUAAUGAGCGUCAAUCUCCAUAAUCACAAAGACUUGGCAGAUCCAUCUAUAAAGCAAAUAGGUAAACUUAAUCAAGUCGAAAUAGAUAGUGUGUUUCAUUGUGAUGGCUUAUUAUUAUUGUUGUUAUGCAACCCUAAGGAUAACUCGAAGCUCAUGGUUUGGAACCCUUACUUGGGUCAAACCAGGUGGAUCCAACCUAGAAACAACUCGCAUAAGCAUAGACCAGCUGGCAGGUUUAAUCAUAGACCAGCUGGCAGAUUUUAUAUGGGAUACGACAGCAACAACAACCACAAAAUCUUAUGGUUUUCGUCUAUGUACCGUGAGUAUGAAAUCUACGAUUUUAAGUCUGAUGCGUGGACGGUUAUUGAUGUCAAUACCGACCAAGACCAUAUAAUAGAUAAUCAGCGUGUGUCCUUGAAGGGUAAUGUUUACUUUAUUGCUCAUGACAUAUUGAAAGAGGAAGCAUUUUUACUUUCUUUUGAUUUUACAUGUGAAAGAUUUGGACCGAGUCUUCCUCUUCCAUUUCACUGUUGUCAUGAGGAUACUGUACUUCUAUCUACUGUUAGAGAAGAGCAGCUUGCAGUGUUAUUUCAGAAGUCUGAUGCGUAUGAGAUGGGAAUAUGGAUUACAACUAAGAUUGAGCUCAAUAUAGUGUUGUGGAGCAAGUUCUUAAAAGUUGAUAUGACAUUGCCUAACAGCUAUUGGUUUGAAGAUUUGAGUUUCUUCCUCGUCGACGAGAAGAAGAAAGUAGCAAUGGUUAGUGAAUUAGACAUAGAAACGUGUAAGAACUACAAAACUUACAUUCUCGGAGAGAAUGGAUACUACAGAGAAGUGGAUCUUAGAAAAUCCAAAGGUUGUGUCUACUUAUGUGUUCUUAUGUUCCAAGUUUGGUGCAAAUCCAGUAAGGUUCCAGUACUUGCAAGAUGCGAAAGAAAAUGA